UUUCAGUUGAAAUCCGAUUGUCAUUCGUAACACUCCAGCUAAUCUGUGGAAAACAAUGACAGCAUUUAGUUCUUUUUUGAUUUUUAUCACAAUGACGUCACUGCCUACAAUCCUAUUGGCUGACUUACAACCGCCCCAUUAUGGCCCACUGCGUGCUAUGACUGAGGCUGCUAUUGAGGAUUGCUACGAGGAUGCGGCUCAGAAGGUCAAAGUAGAAAUAACCGAUGAAGGCUUUGAAGAGCUAUUAAAGGGUUCCCGUGAUAAUAUAAUGCACAAUACGAAGUGUUUGCGUUAUUGUAUUAUGCGAAAGAACGGAUUGUUUAAUGCAAGCAACUCUCUCGAUAAAGAAAAACUCGUGGACAUAUUCGAGAUCAUCCAUCCUCAAGUUGAGAAGGAAAAGCUGCUAAAUGUGCUCCAAAAAUGCGCCGAGGAAACUGAAAAAGAAACUGACAAUUGUGAGCGCGCAUCUGUCGCAGCGAUGUGUGUCCUUGACAAACUGAAGGGAGAAGGCGUCACCAAUAUUUAACGCUGUACUCUAUGCACUUAAAUGCACUCACCAACAAAUUAUAUUAUAUUUACAUAUACACGUAUACACGCAUUUAAGUACGAGUUACAAUUAUUUUAUUUACUAUUAUGAACUUAAAUAUUUUAAAUAAUUUAUUUGAUUGUCCACUUUAUUGCAAUAUC